AAAUAGGGUUUCUCUUUCAGAUACCGACAUGAGCGGAGACGGCAGCGGCGGCGCUUCUUCUCAAGCUCGGGUCUUCUUCUUGACGGAGGAUAUACUGAUCAAUAUCCUCCUCAGAUUGCGGGCCGCUAUCUGCAUCGCCCGAUUCCGGUGCGUCUGCAGAUCGUGGAGGAUUCUCCUGUCAGAUCCCCAAUUCAUCCGCCGGUUUCUCUUCUUCCAAAAAUCCGACGACCUAGAAUCCCUCCAGAUCCUAUUCACCGGCGGACCGGACGACCCUAUGACCACUGCGGUCGUUCACUACUCCUUGUACUCUUACGACACCCUCGGCCUCAUCUCCGAGGGAGACCUGCCCUGCGCGCCCUCCAACUCCAAGUCUUUUUCGUAUCCCCUGCAAUUCCGGCUGACGGUCGUCGGGUGCUGCGGCGGCAUAUUCUGCAUCGCCGACGCGAACCCCAAUGCCCCCUCCGACCUGAUCCUGUGGAAUCCGGCGACUUCCGAGACCAAGCUGAUCCUGCCGCGCACCACGUGUCCCCCCUACCCUCCCGGCCUGGUAAAGUACGUGGAGCUCGCCGGUUUUGGAUACGAUCCGGACACAAAUGACUACAAAGUGGUCAGGAUAUUGAAAAUGGAUCAUGAUCAGGAUGAAAUUUAUCUUCCUCUCCCACAACCGUUCAUGUACGCAGAGGUUUAUAGCUUGAGGAAGGAUUCCUGGAAGAAGCUAAUCGACGACGACAGGGCCGAUCUCUCGAGAUCGGCCUUCGGGCACUACGUUUAUCAGCAGCGGGAAAUUUCGCUAAACCACAAGUGUUACUGGUUUACUGGAGGAUGCAGUAGAGAAUGGUCUACCCUUUCGUUCGACAUGAGCCAGGAAGUGUUCGAAUACACCUCCUUCACUCACCCGCCUGCCAUGGAGGGUUGGGUUUGUGCGUCCUGUUUUAUGCUGAAGGAGUCGUUUGUGGCUUUCUUGGCUGCUUCGUACAAUCGCGAUCCGUAUUAUCAGGUGUGGGUCUUGUUGAAGCAGGGCGUGACCGAUUCAUGGACUAAGUUGCUCACCCUUGCUGAGCCAUACGCACCCUACCAAACACAUGCUUUGGAAAUCUGGAAGGAGGGUGCGUAUAUCUGCUCCAAAGGAAAGUACUACACAAACAGGCACGGGGGCCAUGUAUACAUUUCUCGUCUCAGGACGUCAGAAGAAGAAGAAGGUGGGGAUGAUGAGCGUAUCGAAAUCCGAGGCCGAACCCUCCCGUUUCAAGCUCUCGCUUAUAUUCCAACUCAGGCAUCUCUGUCCCAUUUGGAGUAA